AUGGGCCAGUUACACGUUCGUAAACCUCAAACGAUUCUGAAUGGAAGUGAACGUGGUGGCGCAUCCCAAGCGUAUUGGUUACUUUAUUCUUUAUCCUUUAUAUUAUUAUUGUUAUUAUUAUUAUUGUUAUUAUUAUUAUUAUUAUUAUUAUUAUUAUUAUUAUUAUUAUUAUUAUUAUUAUUAUUAUUAUUAUUAUUAUUAUUAUUAUUAUUAUUAUUAUUAUUAUUAUUAUUAUUAUUAUUAUUAUUAUUAUUAUUAUUAUUAUUAUUAUUAUUAUUAUUAUUAUUAUUAUUAUUAUUAUUAUUAUUAUUAUUAUUAUUAUUAUUAUUAUUAUUAUUAUUAUUAUUAUUAUUAUUAUUAUUAUUAUUAUUAUUAUUAUUAUUAUUAUUAUUAUUAUUAUUAUUAUUAUUAUUAUUAUUAUUAUUAUUAUUAUUAUUAUUAUUAUUAUUAUUAUUAUUAUUAUUAUUAUUAUUAUUAUUAUUAUUAUUAUUAUUAUUAUUAUUAUUAUUAUUAUUAUUAUUAUUAUUAUUAUUAUUAUUAUUAUUAUUAUUAUUAUUAUUAUUAUUAUUAUUAUUAUUAUUAUUAUUAUUAUUAUUAUUAUUAUUAUUAUUAUUAUUAUUAUUAUUAUUAUUAUUAUUAUUAUUAUUAUUAUUAUUAUUAUUAUUAUUAUUAUUAUUAUUAUUAUUAUUAUUAUUAUUUGAGGUACGACCACAUCAUAAAUUCAUAUAG